AUGACCGCGUUGUUGGGUAUCCGCAAGAAAGCCGCAAUCGACCCAACAAAACCGCAAACGAUUGUCGUCUCAGGUGCGGCCGGAUCGUGUGGUUCUCUAGCUGGACAGAUAGCUAGGUUAGAUGGAUGUACGAGAGUGGUGGGUAUAUGUGGAGCGCCAGAGAAAUGCGAAGUUUUAAUGAACGAGUUAGGCUUUGAUGGUGCGAUCAACUAUAAAGCUGAAUCGGUACCGGAUCGAUUGAGGACACUGGCACCUGACGGCGUUGAUAUUUACUUUGAUAAUGUC